AUGACACGGGGGCCCGUACGAAUUCUGAUUGGGCUGCUGAGGUCUCAGAAAAACAGGCUUACUUUAUCCACAGUAGACGCUAAAAUGGCGCACACUGGGGCAAUGGAAGACGCAUCCAUGGAGGAUUGCUCUGCCAAGCAGGGGUCUAGUGUCUGCCUGCGAAGUCGACCGUGCUCCAGCGAGAGAGACAGUCAGGUACGGGCUGUCAAAGCCGCUCUUCAGUCCAGGUUGGGGCCCUACGAGCCCGUCCUGACCUACCUACAGUCCGUCCUGGUGUGGGAGAGACCCUUUCAGUGUCUGCUUCUGUAUACUGUGGUCAACGUUGUGUUCUGGUUCUUCGCCCUGACUUCACUGCGCCUACUGUUUCUGCUGGCUUCUGCUCUGGCUGUGGUUGUUUGUGUUGAUACCUGGAGAAACAAGAUCUGGCCAGAGAUUAGAGUCAGAAACCUGGAUGAAUCAGAAAAUGAAAGCUGGGGCCUCGUGCAGCCUGGCAUCCUCAGUGUGCCUGAACUGUGCCACCAUAUUGCUGAGGCCUGGGUCAGUGGAGCAGUUCUCACAUCCAGUGUGGUGCAGUACAAACGACACAACCCUGGCAAGUUUUGCGUCCUGACCUGUGGAGUGUUCUCCUGUCUGGCUAUAGUUGGGCGCUACAUUCCUGGACUGGUGCUCUCCUACUCUGCUGUGUUGGCUACUCUCCUGGCCCCUCUGGCAGCCUACCACAGGGUUUUUCAGCAUGUGUGUCUGAAGCUGGACCCAGUCCUGCAGCGGCUGGAUUUCAGCGUUCGUGGAUACAUGAUGUCAAAGCCUAUUGAUAAUCAGUUCUUGCGCAGGCCUAUCCGUGGUGCAGCCUCAGGUGAAGCCAGUGACAGUGAGGAGGAACUGGCUGCUUUCUGCCCAACAUUUGAUGAUGCUGUUGUUGCGAAGGAACUUGCGCUGACAGACUCUGAGCACUCUGAUGCUGAGGUGUCCUACACUGACAAUGGAACGUUUAACCUAUCACGAGGCCAGACCCCACUCACAGAAGGCUCUGAGGACUUUGACAGACACAGUGAUGCUGAGGAAUCCUUUGCUCAAGACCUCCCAGACUUCCCCUCCAUAAACCCUGAUGCCACUCUAAUGGAUGAUGAUGACGACACAAGCAUCGGGCUACCUAGUCUCGGUCCAUCUGGGCUAGCUAGUCAUCGGGCUUCAGUGCUGGAUGUGGAUGCUCAUCUGGACUCUGACCAGGAGGAUCUGGAUGCAGAACUUUCUCUCAGCGGCCUGCCACCUGCCUCUGAUUUCACAGGAGACUUGGCCGGAGUCAUCGCCAGCAACAUGAUCCAGGCAGCGCUGGCUGGGGCACUGCAGCCUCGGCCUCCUGCUACUCAGCGCAGGGAAGGCCCCCCCAAGGCCGGAGCCCACCGAAGCUACCGCAAGCAGUCCAGCUCUGAGCUGGACACAGACUUGGAUGGAGAGGACUUUGAAAUGCUGGAUCAGUCUGAACUGAACCAGAUGGAUCCCCUCGGAGGAGGAGGAGGUACUAGACGGGGAGAGAGCCAGGGAUCUAACUUCUUAUCUAGCCUGCUGGGUAAACCACAGUAAAGUGUGUGUGUGUGUGUGUGUGUGUGUGUGUGUGUGUGUGUGUGUGUGUGUGUGCGUGCACGUGUGUGCGUGUGUGCGUGUGCAUAUCAACAUGUACAGUGGUGUGCAUGUUGAUGAGCUGCGAAUGAGUGUUGUGAUAGUGUGAAAGAUGAUAUUAGGUUCCAGCAGCCCUGCUUCUGAUUGGCAUAAGUUUAUCACUGUGAAGUAUUUUUUUUCUAUCUUUUCAGACUCUUUCUCCUCUACUUUAAUCCCUAAUCAUCCAGAAAACCUUUACUUUGUAGGCUGAGCAAUAGGAAAUGCAGCAACAAAAAUAAAACACAUUAAGACAAUAAAAUAAACCAGCAUUAUUGAGCCUUGUUGCAGUCUUGUAACUUUAUGCACCCAGAGGUUUGAAGGGUACUGGCAGUGAUUAUAAAUGAAGAACAACAGUGCCCAUUAAAAUCUUUUUUACUAGGAGGUCUAUACAUACAGGGCUAUUUAACAUGGGACCAAAUAUGACAUUCCUGUUGGUUGAGCUGAGCCACGUUGCUUUGAUAAUAUUAUUAUGGAACAGCAUUUCAUGUCUCAAGUUCUUCUUUAGUGAGCGGAGUAGUUGAGAUAGAUAAAUCAGAACUUUUUCCAUGACAUUUUGUUUUCCAUUACUUUGCGUUGCUGUUAAUGUUAGUCCUCUGCUGUUCUUUCAAGUGACAUGUGGCUGUAAUCUGUUAUAUGAUUUAUUUGAUGUUACAGGUUUACAGAGAUUAACAUUUUUUCAAACACUUGUCAGCAGUUGAGGGUUUGGACAGCGAUUCUCCUCUAUUGUGAAGUUGAAUAUGUGGAUAGAAGUUUUUCAGUCACUUUGUGUGUUUUUCUUUACUUUUUUCCUUUUCUGCUGACUAACCCAUGAAGACUUAUUCAUACAUUAUUAGGAGAUUCUUUUUUUUUUCCUUAAAUGAAUGUCACAUUAGUCUUAAGAUUUUGGACCCAGAGAAGCAUUCAAUGUUAUGCUUGUUUGUUCAUUGUAUUUAAGAACUUGUGACCAGGGUGAGAUAAGUUCUGAAUAUUUUUCAUUUUCCUGCCCUUUAAUGCAGCUCAACAUAUUGUGUCCAUGUUUAAUACCUUGAAUGAGCCCUCAGUUUGUUUUCUUUUACAGAGGUAAUAUUUAAACCCAUUUCUUUAUAUCUUUCAUCUUUGUAUUUCAUGUAGUUGACAGUCAUGCUGAAAAGGUAUUCUUCAUUUCAUGGAUCUUUUACUAUUUUACUGGGGAAACAUGUUUACAUCAAAAUGGGUAUAUAAAGUUUUCCUUGUAUCCUUUUUUUUUUAAAGUGUUAGUUUGUAAAAUUUCAAAGUGGCUUUAUGUGCGGGUCGACUUGAUUUCCUCUCGAUGGACACACCAUUUCAGUAUGUCAAAAAUUUACAGUGGAAAUGGCACUUCAGACGUAAAGAAGCCACAGUUGAGAUUUAUUGAAAUGAUAUAUCAGAGAGUCUAAAAAUGCUGGGUUUUUAUUAGAGUAAAAAAUGCUUGCUUUCCUUGUGUUAUUUUGAGAAGAAAAUCAUAGCUGUGAGAGAUUUAGCACAAAGAAAACUGCUGGAUCCACACUCAUGGAGGUGACGGAGAAAAACUGUGCACUGAUAGGAAAUUGCUGAAAUUUUGAGGCUUAAGAUGAAGAAGAGGUAGAGAAGUUGGUUUGUUUGACCACCUCAGUUAACAAGAAAGUUGCUCUCUGCUGCUUCAUGAAGAGUUAGUUCCUCAGUAUGAGUGAUCUGUAGUCAGUUUGAUAAUGUAAUGUGCAUAGUAGUGUAUUUUCUUCUCUGUAACUGGUUUUGAUAUGUUUUGAUGUGCAAAUCGUAUUGAAUAAAAUGUUUGCAAUUA